CCAGUGGACAUGGCCGAGUCGCUUCCCCCUGAGAUGCUGUCUUAUAUAUUGAGCUUCCUCCCUCUGUCGGAUCAGAAAGAGGCUUCCCUGGUGAAUCGAGCUUGGUACUAUGCAGCCCAGAGCGCCCUUCGGGAAAUAGAUGUUCGGUACAUCAUCCCUGUGGCAUCUGCCUCCCUCACCUCGAUCAAGAGCCUGAGCCGCAGGCAUGUAUCUUGUGUUAGGCUUACCAAUGUGGAUAGCUCUUCAGACUCCAGUAAUGUGCUACAGUCCAUCUCCUACUACCUAGGCCCACACCUGCACAGUCUGUCCCUAGGUGGGGGCACCCUGACAGAAGCUUCUUUUAUAGAGCUCAUCACAAGCUGCCCUGGGCUCCAGGUCUUGGACCUCAGUGGCUGCAACAGCCUCUUCAUGUCAGGGAUGCUCCUGGACCAACCUGAAACAGUACAACAGGUGCAGGAGGCCCUGGCAAACCUCCGGGAGCUCAACCUGGCUAACCUGCGCCAUUUGGCAGACACCAGCUUCAACCGCCUGAGCAGCUGUGCCCCCAGACUGGAGCGCCUCUCCCUGGCCCGCUGCCAUAUCUCCUUUGACCCCCACCGCAAUCUGUCUGUCCAUGACUCUUCCGCCACCCUUUCCUUCCGAAACAUACUCCACUUCCUGAAGGAGCGAGCCAGUCGUCUUGUGGCCCUGGACCUGAGUGGUACAAACCUGUCCCCCACAGCUCUUCAGGCCCUGGGACAGGUGGUGGGACUCCAUCUGCAAGAGCUGACAUUGCGGGGCUGCCGAGACCUCUCCACUGAGGCUGUGGCCACUCUGUGCCGUCAGCAGCGAGGCCUAACCAGCCUGGACCUGAGUGGCUGCUCAGAGCUAGCAGAUGGGGCCCUUCUGGCGGUGUCCAGGGGCCUACAGGGCCUGCGGCAUCUGCGGAUGGAGAAGCUGCAACGGCUGACAGAUGCUGGCUUCUCAGCCCUGCAUGGGCUUCGGGAGCUGAGAAGCUUGGACAUAGCGGAGUGCUGCCUCGUGAGUGGAAGGGAGCUGUCCAAGGCACUGGAGUUCCCAAAGGGUCCUCCACCCCACCUCGCAUCUCUCAGGCUAGCCUACUGCUCCUUGCUGAAGGACAAGUCAGUGAUCUCCCUAGCUCGGGAGCUCAGCUCCAGCCUGAGGAUGCUAGACCUGUCAUCGUGCGUGUCCCUCACCAACAGCAGCCUGCUGGCCAUCUCUGCCAACCUGCCCCAGCUCACUGUCCUACGUCUGGCUUGGUGUAAGGAACUCACUGACUCGGGGCUCCUGGGGCUGAUGGAUCCAGGCGAGGAGAAGGACAAGGGACAGAAGUUAAGCAGGAACUUUGGAGACAUGGGCUUCUUCCUCCCACAGCUGCCUCCAGAGCCCUUGGCCCUCCUCGAGUCCCCUUCCCAAGAGACUGCCAACAAGCAGCUCACCCCCUCCCUGCUCAUGCUGAGGGCCUUGCAGGAGCUCGACCUCACUGCCUGCAGCAAGCUGACAGACACCAGCCUGGCCAAGGUCCUGAAGUUUCCCCAUCUGAAGCAGCUGUCCCUGAGCCUGCUCCUGGAGCUCACGGACACAGGGCUGGUAGCUGUGGCCAAAGGAUGUCCCAGCCUGGAGCACCUGGCCUUGAGUCACUGCAACCGCCUGAGCGACAGGGGCUGGGCCCAGGCUGCCAACAACUGGAGGAGGCUCCAGCAUCUAAACCUGUCCAGUUGCAACCAGCUCACGGAGCAGACGCUGGUCACCGUCGGAAAGGCGUGCCGGCGGUUGAAGGUGCUGGACGUGUCCAUGUGCCAGGGCAUCAGCAUGGCUGCCGUGGAGCACUUCCAAGCCCAGCUGCCCCAUGUGACCUGUGUCCAGUCCCGCUUUGUUGGGGGGGCUGACCUAGCCAUGAGCCUCUGAAUAAAG